AUGAAAUCAAUUUUUCUUGUACUCGGCCUAUUCGCUACGUUAGCCUUGGCUUCUUACCAAGACAAGGACAAACAUUAUGAUUACCACGAUAAAAACGUUAAAUCAUAUGAUCCUUAUUAUAAUCCUUGGGUUCCUGCUAAAUAUUACGAUCACAAAGAUUAUUAUGAUGAGAAGGAAAAGCAUUAUAGACGCUCAAAACGUUCUCCUGUUCCGACCGAUGAUG